UGACGUCUUUCUGCAAAGAUCUAUCGGUGUUCCAUCAAAUCAUCAUCAAUUAUUUUAAUUAUGAAAAUAUAUUUCUUAAUGGUUUUAUAAAAGAAAAGGUUUUGGCAUUUGUUUUUUUCUUCUACGACUCUUUGAUCCCAUUAAGCAACCUUGUAAAUUAGUCUCCUUUUUCUCUCUAACUCUGGAGUUGUAGUAGAUUGGACCCCAUAUCUCUAUCUCAAUCCUUAAAAGCAUGUAAUCAGAAGGUUGGAAUAGGUGUGGUUGUUAGGAAUAGUACUGGCGAGUUAAUGGGAGCUUUUGCAAAGCCAUAUGUGGCUACUUGGUCAAUUCUUCAUGCUGAACUCAUCGCUAUUCGUGAGGCAAUUCUUUUUUGCCUGGAGGCAGGUUUCAAUAAUGGAGAGAUUGUAAGUGAGUGCUCUAGUGCAGUUCAUUUGGUGAAUGAUGGCUGCUUUGGAGAACAAUUGAUUCCAUCGUGUUUUCUGGUUGAGGAUAUCAAAUCUCUCCUUGCUAGUAAUGUGGAUUUAUUCUGUACUUUUGAUUAUAGGGAUGCAAUUCUGUUGCUCAUUGUCUUGCUAAUUAUGCAUCUGGUCUAUAUUCAUAUGAAACUUGGCUUGAAGUUGGCCCACAGUGGCUACAUCAUGUUCUUCAGGCUGAUCCUGAAAUUCACCCAACCCAAACAUUCAAAAUUCCAAUUCAAGCCCCCAGAAUCAGAAUCUCAAAUGGAUUUCCCAGACGAAAUCGUGGUGGACAUACUGCAAAGACUGCCGGUGAAAUCAUUGGUCCGAUUCCGUUGUGUUUCCAAAUCUUGGCGAUGUCUCAUUUCCGAUCCAAUCUUCGUUCGAACUCAUCUCGAAUCGCAUAUGGCCCAUAUCUCCUUCGGGACUGCUUCUCGUAUCGCUCUCUCUCGUAAAGCCGACACCCUUUUGUCCCUCCAGGCCCACGAAAGCGAUGGCUUUGCAGUUGCAGAGGAGCUUGACUUGGAUCUCGUCAAGAAUUCCAACUACUACGUGAUGGGUCACUGUGAUGGGUUACUGUGUUUGCUCAUCCACGAUGCAGAAAAGAGUCAACUGGUGAUCUACAAUCCGUCAAUUCGAGAGCACAGAAUACUUCCUCUUCCUCUUCCUCACGACUAUAUCUGUACCGCGAAACCCCUCGAUUGACGAUUACAAGAUUGUAAGAUUUCCCUCUAUGUUUGAAGUUAACCUUUGCAAAAGCCGCGGUGGCAGUCCUCGUGUGGAGAUCUACACGCUCAAGUCCAAGUCCAAUUCAUGGCGCUCACUCCCUCAGGAAGAUACUCCUCCUCACGGCGCCUACAACAUAACGUGUCAGGCCGCCAAUGUCCAUGGCGGACUUUACUGGCUCUGUCUGGACCACGCUGCUUCUAACAGACAUGUGAUUUUGCGUUUUGAUUUGGUGGAAGAAAAAUUCAGGGUGGUUCCACUUCCAUCACUAGUCCCUGUCCCUGAUGAGUCACAAUUUAUAACGUGGUUAGGUUCUCUCAAAGCCUUGCUUUCUGUCCAGGAAGCCACUGCCAGUCACUUCCAUAUAUGGUCCACAAAGGAUGACAAAACCUGGACCAAGCUCAUCACUAUUCCAACACUUCAGGGACCCAAAUCUUUUUUUUUCCGGCUGCCAGUACGAGCCAUUUUGUUACACCAAGUCCGGUGCUUUGCUGAUUUAUAUUAGGGAAGGGAAAGAGGGAUUUGUGAUGUACGAGUCCGGAGAGAAUAGGCUCCGGAAGCUGGCUGUGAGAGGAGUUGAAAACUAUAUCCAUCAGACUCUGUAUUGUGAGAGUCUGGUAUUUCCUAAUUGUUGGAACGAGGAUGAGCUGGCCGGAAAAAGAAAUUGUUACUAGUAAAUGGUUUUCAUUUUUAUUUUCCAUUAUCAAAUUGUUGGGAUAUGACUUGGGUUUCUAUCAAUGAUGCAUAAAAGCUGAUAUUUCUUAAUUGCCUAUCUGUAUAAUCUUUUUAUAGAAAGAUUGGAGUUGCUACUUCUAUUUUGCUA